AUGUCAGUAUCUCAGCGGGAAAGUGUUGUUUCAGCGACGACUACGGGGUCUAUUACUCACAAGAGCUCAGUUCCUACUUGUACUAGGUGUAAUCUUUCUAUUACAAGUGGGCAUGCUUAUGAGCUUGGGAGUGAUCGGUGGCAUACGCAUUGUUUUACAUGUUAUAAAUGCGAUAAAAAAUUGACAUGCGACUCAGAUUUUUUGGUGCUUGGUACUGGUACGUUGAUAUGUUUUGCGUGCUCGGAUUCUUGUAAAGGAUGUAAUAAGAAGAUAGAUGAUCUUGCCAUUAUUCUUUCGUCUUCUAAUGAGGCUUAUUGUUCGGACUGCUUCAAGUGCUACAAAUGUGGGAAGAAGAUAGAGGAUUUGCGAUAUGCCAAAACGAGGAAAGGUCUGUUUUGUAUAGGUUGCCAUGAGCAACUGAUGGCCAAGCGAAAGUAUGCUGAGGAGAAGCGAAGACGUUUGCGAAAGGAGCUGCCUACUGUUCCAAGUCAGACAUCAUUGUCCGGACAUUUGUACGGUUUGGAGCAGGAAAGCCCGACCAAGAUUCCGCCUGCUAAAUCUGCCCACAGGCAGAUUUCUCCACUGCGGAAUGUUGAACAUGCGCGUGCUCGGAGUCGUAGAGGUUCUUCUGCUUCUGAGAAUGUUGCUGUGGUAGGCGAUAGUCAUAAAACAAGUGACAAAAAUAUCCGAUUAACCUCUUCGAGCGGUCUUUCCAAGCCGAGUCCCUUAGAAAGAAGUAAAUCUUCGCAAUGUUUGGCUACUCCGUCGGUUGUAGAAGUUAAUUCCAAUCUGGCCUUGCUUGGGAAGCCUGUUGUGGAUACUAAAGAAAAACCAGUUAAAUCGACUUCGUGGUCUGUGGUUGCACAAUUUUUGGAAGAUGAUGACGAGGAACAACAAGUACAACACCACAACCAAGAUGAUGACGAUGAUGAUGACGACGAUGAUGAUGAGAACGACGACGAUGACACGAGUGAUUACUCAAAAUCCAGACCGCCAACUACAAUAAGUGCUAUCUCUAGCUCAGAAAAACUCUCAACUAUUUCAACAGUUCGUAUGACGGACAAUACAAAAAUCCAUACUCCAAAGAAUGAAAUUCCAAUGACCGAACACCCGUUGCCACUUAGUCCGUCGUCUGCAGGAAGUAACUUUAUGAAUAAAAUACAGCUGUCCACCCAGCAGCAGCCUUCAUCACCCCAAGCAAAUUCAGGUGUGGAAACUCCAAAGAGGCAACAUUCUAGAAAUCUUUCAGUGGAUGAUGUGUUACAGAGGACUUUAACUAAGGACGAUUAUGAAAGUGCAAAUACAUCUACUAACGGUCUCGAACUACCGGUAGAUAAAUCUAAAAAAUUUCUACUGAAUAGAACACCACUGAGAAAUAUGGAAGAUCCUCAGAUGAGCAGAUCUCCUGUUUCUCACAGAAGGGGUAUAAUAAUGUCCGAAAGUGGGGACUUUAUCAAUGAACUUUUGUCUAGUCCUACCUCUUUAGAAUUGAUGUCAAGAAAUUCUGGAUCGAAUAACCAGACUGAUAUUACAGAACUUCAAUCUUCUCCUAUGCCUGGUAUGAAAGAUGUUGGAAAUCUAUCGGAAUCGCUUCCCAAUUAUAAAAACUUUAAAGUAUCAGUCGCACCUGGACUUUCCACUAAGAUGGAUCUUGAUUGUUCACCUUCACCGCUUAGUUCCAAUAACUUUAUGGUCCAUUCUUCAUCUUCAUCCAACUCUUUAGACCCAAAACAUGGAAGAUGCUUAAGCGGCAAUAACGGGAAUACUAACGGUGGAUCCGUUAGUAGUAAAGUCGGAUCUAAGUUGGCGAGGUCAGCAUCUGUCAGAUCUAAAGUUGCAAGUUUAAUCCAUGGAAAGAAAAACACUACGCCUACAAGAACUCCACAACAUGAAACGGGAGUGUUUGAAACGCAUACGGGUUGGGGGGUUUCAUCAAUUCCACAGCAGCAGCAACAGCAACAACAGACACUUAAGCCACAGAAUAAUCGGAAGUUACCUCCGCAUGGUCGAGGCCGAAGUGAUUCCACAAUAUAUAGUCAACUGUCUCCGAAUGUAUCAGCAAUACCAUCGUUUGAUCACCAAAGAUCUUAUAGCGGGAAUGUAGUUGCAGCUAAUGUUGCCAUUAAUACGACCCCACCUUUAAGUUCUCAUGGUUCACCGUAUUCUGAAAAUCUUUUAGCAGAAAGGAAAAUUGGGGAUCAGACUCGUUUUUCUAAUAGAGAACUAUUUCCCAGUGAUAAUAGAUCUCUUACAAAUGAGGAAUUUCUGAAACGAGAUUUAAUUAGUGAAGAGCUCCAGUUGCGUCAAAUUCGGCUGGAAGUUAAUGAUUUGCAGCAUACCAAAGCGCAAUUGAUGAUAGAUGUUGAUCAAUUAAGGAAACUCAAAGAUCAUCUGCAAGGAAAGAUUGAUCAACUAAACUCUGAAAGAAAGGGCUUUCAUGCGACGACAGCAUCUUCAGAAUCAUUAGAAGAGGUUCAAGAAGCUAUUGUCAAACAGGUUGUUACCGCAACUACUUCUUCAAAUGUUAAACCAAGGUUUUGGAAGCUUUUUGGGGGUAAGCCAUCGUCUACUACUACUUCUAACAGUAAUAGUGCGACCUCCAGUUCAGGUCAAAAUGUAUCAACCGGCUCUCCAUUGACUGUUGGUAUCUCUCAUCCGGUUUUGCAAAAUCCAAAUGAAUUUGAUGAAUGGAAUUUAAAGUCCGUAAAUAGUGGUUCUGAGUUGUAUGGUUCAACAUUAGUGUCCCGUGUCGCCUAUGAAGCUACAGAUAUUCCCAUGAUUAUCAAAACUUGUAUGCGUCAUAUAGAGUCCAAGGUGGUGUACUUAACGAGCGAAGGUAUAUACCGUAAAUCUGGCUCCCAAUUGUUAAUCGAACAAAUCGAAAAUGAAUUUUCUCAGUGGAAACCAAAUACACCUUUGCCGGACCGCUUGAACGAAUCAUUGAACCAAGAUAUUCACGCUGUUAGUGGCGUACUAAAACGCUAUCUAAGAAAAUUACCGAAUCCCCUGUUUACCUUUGAGAUCUAUGAAGCAUUGAUGAGCUUUGUUAGAGACCAGAAACUAUGUACGACACUGUCAUUAAAGAAUCCGAGGGCUAGUCCUAUCUAUCCAUCUCUUAUCGACAAACUUGUCGUCAUUUUGAAGACCCUACCACCAGAACACUUGAGAGUAUUGAAAGUCAUUUGCCAGCAUAUAAACCGCGUGGUCCAGUACCAAGAUGUUAACCUAAUGAACAUAAAUAACUUAGCAUUGGUAUUUGCACCUGGAAUGAUUAGGGAUUAUACUGGCGAAAAGGACAUUAGUGAUAUGAAGGAGCGCAAUUAUUUGGUUGGUUUUAUUUUCACAACCUACGAAGACAUUUUCCGAGAAGAUGCAAACCAACAAACUUGA